AUGGCUUCAUCUAAAAUCUUCCUCACAAUGUUGGCUCUUUUCUUCUUGAUGAUUUCUUCUGCCUUCUCAGUAACUUCUAUAAGAUUGCAAUUUGCCACAAAAGAUGGAGUCCAAGACUUGAUCUCUACUACAUGCAAUCACACCCUUCACUUCGAAAUGUGUGUAUCUGCCUUAAGAUCUGAUCCUCGGAGCCAAAAAUCAGAUCUCCUCGGACUUGCCAAUAUUGCACUAAACAUCAGCAUAGCCCAUGGAAGUGAAACUCUAGCCCAGGUUAGUGACCUGAAGUCUUAUGCUAAUAAUGACACCCAACUCCCUGUGAUCUUAAGUGAAUGCAUAGAAGAAUACACCGAAGCCACUGAAAAUCUUAAAGAGGCAAUUCAUGCACUAAAGGUUAGAUCCUUUGAUGACAUGAAUACAUUGGUCAGCACAGCAAUGACGGAUUCGGAUACUUGCGAGCAGGGUUUUAAGGAGAUGAACAAAGCUUCUCUGUUGACAGAUCGAAAUGAGUCUUUCAGCAAGCUGUGUAGUAUAUUUCUCUCGAUUACCACUCUUCUAAGUUAA